AUGCACGCACAGUGCUCAAGCUGCGAGGAAUUCAACCUCCACGAUCACACGCAUACAUUCCUCAAAAUCAGAACACCAAUUCCGUUAAUCAACGAUGUCUACCAAUUCAUCCCCGCUCCACCCCCACGGCACCUAGAGCUUGGGGCCCCGGGGCAUGGGCCAAGCACAGCCACUCCCACCACUGUUCAGCAGCAACAUCAGCAACAUCAGCAGCAGCACCUAGACUCCCGAUUCGUCCUGCAUGACCGGGGCAUCGCAGCGAUACAAUCCCCACAAACCGGAACCGCAUACAUCAACGCGCCUUCACCAGCUUUCGUCGACACCGUUAACCACUUCGCUUUCAGACUGCUCUACAGCAUCGCAACAGCAGGAUAUCCCUGCGGCAUUGCGUCUGCCAACAUCUACCGUUGCCUCAUGAUGGCAGCAGCAGGCUCCCAGGGACUAAAUCUCGAUGCCUUUUCUAGAGUGCUUGGUUUUAACACCUCAGAAGUAUCGGUGUACGGUGCCAUAAAGGAGGAUAUCGUGCAACUGGAUGAGUACUGCAAGCCCAAUCCUCGUUCCACGCCCGUUGCUGCUGCUGCUGCUGCUGCUACUGCUGGUAGUGAUAUCGAGCUAGAUAUCAGCAGCUCGAUAUGGUAUGGGAAAUCGUUUCUGAUUGAGCCGAUAUGGGCCGGAGCAAUGAGGGGGGAAAUUGCCGGCCUAGUGGCAGAGGAGGAGAUAUCUGACGUAGAUAUUAAACUGGUGACGAGUUUGUAUUUCAAGGCCAAAUGGGCGGUGCCGUUUGAGAGAUCCAACACCCGUGUGGAUAGAUUUCGGGGUUUCGGGAGUGAUCAUACUGAUAGCUGGGCGGGCGGGAUGCCGUGCCAUAUGAUGCAUGGAACUAGUGAGAUCUUGUAUUGGGAAGAUAACAUCGCGCAGAUGUCUGAUGCAUCCCCAACUUGGAACGCAGCCAUAAUCCUUCCCAAAACCCCCGGCGCAGGGUCUGUUCUCGCCAUCCUCGCUCCCUUCUCAGCUUCUCCCUCUACCCUCCGCUCCUUGCUUGUUACCAGCCAUUCCGAUACCGCUAGCGACAUCUCCGAACCCUUCUUCAACCUUGGGUUGCGGCCCAUCUGCCGCCCAUCCGCAGACUUCGCGCCCAUCUCACGUUCACAACCCGCCUAUGUGACAAAUAUCAAACAUGAUUUGUUCGUAGAGGUGAAUGGAGAAGGGACGGAGGUUGCUGCUGUGACAAGUUUGGGGGUUUUUGGUGGUGCUGCAAGUGCUAUGAGGGGGUUCCUGUAG